AUGGUUGAUUGUUUGCCUAUCAAAGGCAUGGUUGGUGGUCUUAUCUAUCUGGGAGUUUGCAACAAGACUUCGAAUUGGGCAUGGAUGGCAGGCCUCAUGAGAAAUAGGAACGAGCCUGAGAUUCUGGCAGAAUUUCUGCAGAUCAAGCAGACAAUCGAACUUGAGAGUCAAUUGAGCCAAAGAAGUUCCUGGAAAUCCCUUGUAUCUCUUGUGAUUGGCACAAUGGUGAUAGCUGCAUCAUUCGCUACUCUUGCCAUACUGCAGCAACGUAUCGAGGCUACCAACGAAGCCGCAUCCGCCAAAGGGACCGUAGCCGUGUGCUUCGUUUUCUACUGGGCGGCCUUUUCAUCUUAUACCCAAAGAGCCCGUGGCGUUGGUGUUGGUCAGGCCCUUCAUGUUGGCUACCAGUAG